CAACACGCGGGUUCACUUCCACACUGCCGACGGCGCGUGUGGGACACUUUUCUCUGACUGCGCCGUCCGACCAACCACCGUAUUAUCGAACUAAACUCGCUUUCUCCGUGUAACUGCUGCUUAUUUUACUCAAAAUUCAAGGCCACGCCGACAGACAUCUGCUCCGCGGUGAAAUUUGGUCUUAAUCCGUAGUUUUUUCUUAGUCUUCAUCUCCCCUCUCCUGCUCUCCAGAGUUUCACGUGGAGAGCGGAGGGCUCGUCACUACGAAGCCUUCAUCAGUUCAUCAGUCACGGCUGCUAGCAUCCGCUAUCUUGAGGGAAGCAUGUCAAAGAUGGCAACAUUGAUCCUGGAGGACGGGACGGCGUUCAAGGGGCUCCUUUUUGGUGCCGAUGUGUCAAUUUCGGGAGAAGUUGUGUUUCAGACGGGUAUGGUGGGCUACCCCGAGGCUCUCACUGACCCAUCCUACCACUGCCAGCUGCUGACCCUCACUUACCCUCUGGUGGGCAACUACGGUGUGCCGCAGGACGCCGAGGGAGAGUUCGCACUCAGCCAGUGGUUCGAGUCGUCAAAGAUCCACGCUGCGGCGCUCAUCAUCGGAGAGCUGUCGGAGAAUCCCAGUCACUGGAGUUCAGUCAAGUCGCUGGACCAGUGGCUCAAGGAGCAAGGUGUUCCGGGAUUACGAGGCAUCGACACCCGCUGUCUGACCAAAAAGAUCCGAGAGAAGGGCACCAUGUUGGGGAAGCUGGUGGUGGACGGGACUCCUGAGGACAGUGUUCCAUUUGACAACCCAGACAAAAGGAACCUGGUUCAGGAAGUCUCCAUGAAGGAGCCCACGGUAUUCAACCCCAGCGGUGGUUUGCGAAUCACAGUAGUGGACUGCGGCAUCAAAUACAACCAAAUCCGCUGCCUGGCUCAGAGGGGCGCCUGUGUUACCGUCGUCCCCUGGGACCACCCGCUGGACAGCAAAGAUUUUGAUGGUUUGUUCAUCAGUAACGGCCCCGGGGACCCCCAACUGUGUCAGACCACCAUCAGCAACGUGAGGAAGGUGGUCUGCGUGGAACGUCCCAAGCCGGUUUUCGGCAUCUGCCUCGGACACCAGCUGCUCUCAUUAGUCAUUGGAUCAAAGACCUUCAAGAUGAAGUACGGUAACCGUGGGCACAACCAGCCUUGCAUCCACAAGGGAACGGCUCGAUGCUUCAUCACCAGUCAGAACCACGGCUUUGCCGUCGACCCCGACACGCUGCCCGAAGACUGGGACGUCCUGUUUACCAACGCCAAUGAUCACACCAAUGAGGGCAUCGUGCACAACACGAAACCCCUGUUCAGUGUUCAGUUCCACCCAGAGCACAUGGCGGGGCCCACGGACCUGGUCGGCCUGUUCGAUGUCUUCCUUGACACCGUGAAGGAGCACAAGGCUGGCAACGCCACCACAUCUGUGAAGCAACGUCUCAUGGACCACCUCACCUACCCGGGUUCCCCAAAGCCUGAAGAGGUCGAACGACCGAGGAAGGUCCUCAUCCUGGGCUCCGGAGGGCUAUCCAUCGGCCAGGCCGGGGAGUUUGACUACUCCGGCUCCCAGGCCAUUAAAGCGCUCAAGGAAGAGAACAUCCAGACCGUGCUGAUCAACCCAAACAUCGCCACUGUCCAGACCUCCAAGGGCUUGGCUGACAAAGUCUACUUCCUGCCUAUCACGGCGGAGUAUGUCACUCAGGUGAUCAAAAAUGAACGUCCAGACGGCGUGCUGCUGACCUUCGGCGGUCAGACGGCGUUGAACUGCGGCGUGGAGCUCACCAAGCUGGGCGUCCUGGAGAAGUACGAAGUUAAGGUUUUGGGGACACCCGUGGCGUCCAUCGAGAUGACCGAAGACCGGAAAGUCUUUGUGGAGAAGAUGGAAGAGAUCAACGAACACGUCGCACCCAGCGAAGCGGCGCUUUCUGUCGAUCAGGCGGUGGCAGCUGCCGAACGCCUCGGCUACCCGGUUCUGGUGCGCGCGGCGUUUUCGCUGGGAGGCCUGGGCUCGGGCUUCGCCAACAACGGGGAGGAGCUCGUCGCUCUGGUGACCGCAGCCUUCGCCCACACUUCCCAGGUGCUCGUGGACAAAUCCCUGAAGGGCUGGAAGGAGAUUGAGUACGAGGUGGUUCGCGAUGCCUACGACAACUGUGUGACGGUGUGUAAUAUGGAGAAUAUUGACCCUCUGGGCAUCCAUACUGGAGAAUCCAUCGUUGUGGCGCCCAGUCAGACGCUCAACGACCACGAGUACAACAUGCUGAGGAACACUGCUAUCAAAGUCAUCAGGCACCUCGGCAUCGUAGGAGAGUGCAACAUCCAGUACGCCCUUAACCCAGAAUCUGAACAGUACUACAUCAUCGAGGUGAAUGCCCGUCUGUCACGGAGCUCGGCCCUGGCCAGUAAGGCGACCGGUUAUCCUCUGGCUUAUGUUGCAGCCAAACUGGGCCUGGGGAUCCCACUGCCACUACUCAAGAACUCUGUGACCAACUCGACAACAGCGAACUUUGAGCCCAGCUUGGACUACUGCGUGGUGAAGGUGCCUCGCUGGGAUCUCAGCAAGUUCCUCAGGGUUUCCACUGAGAUUGGCAGCUCCAUGAAGAGUGUUGGCGAGGUAAUGGCCAUCGGCCGCAACUUUGAAGAGGCCUUCCAGAAAGCUCUGAGGAUGGUGGACGAGAACUGUGUCGGCUUUGACCACACCAUCAAGCCCGUCUCUGAGAAGGAGUUGCAGAUUCCUACGGACAAGCGCAUCUUUGUUUUGGCGUCGGCCUUUCGAGCCGGCUACACGGUGGACCAGCUGAAUGAGCUCACCAAGAUCGACCGCUGGUUCCUGCACAAGAUGAAGAACAUCGCCGACCACGAGCAAUUGUUGGAGACGUACAACCAGGAUGAGAGCGCCAUGCCUCCAGAGGUGUUGCGAAAGGCCAAACAGCUGGGCUUUUCAGACAAGCAGAUCGCCCAAGCUGUACAGAGCACAGAACUUGUCGUUCGAAAGCUGCGUCACGAUUGGUCCAUCCUCCCUGUAGUGAAGCAGAUUGACACAGUGGCGGCCGAAUGGCCCGCCCACACGAACUACCUGUACCUGACCUACCACGGCACAGAGGACGACCUGGCCUUCAACGACCAGCACAUCAUGGUGAUCGGCUCGGGCGUUUACCGCAUCGGCAGCAGCGUGGAGUUCGACUGGUGCGCGGUCGGGUGCAUCACAGAGCUCAGGAAGAUGGGCUAUAAGACCAUCAUGGUGAACUACAACCCAGAGACCGUCAGUACAGACUAUGACAUGUGUGACCGCCUCUACUUUGACGAGAUUUCCUUUGAGGUGGUGAUGGAUAUCUAUGAGAGGGAAAACCCCGAGGGAGUGAUCCUGUCCAUGGGCGGCCAGCUUCCCAACAACAUCGCCAUGUCGCUGCACCGUCAGCAGUGCCGCAUCCUGGGAACCUCCCCCGAGUUCAUCGACUCGGCCGAGAACAGGUUCAAGUUCUCCCGAAUGCUGGACACCAUCGGAAUCAGCCAGCCGCAGUGGAAGGAGCUCUCCGACAGGAAGUCUGCUGUGACGUUUUGUGAGACCGUGGGUUAUCCCUGCCUGGUUCGUCCUUCCUACGUUCUCAGCGGGGCGGCCAUGAACGUCGCCUAUAGCGACAGCGACCUCGAGAAAUACCUCACCGACGCUGUCGCCGUGUCCAAGGAAUAUCCCGUCGUGAUCUCCAAAUUCAUCCAGGAGGCCAAGGAGAUAGACGUGGACGCCGUCGCCUCUGAUGGGGUGGUGAUGGCCAUCGCGGUGUCUGAACACGUGGAGAACGCCGGCGUCCACUCUGGAGAUGCCACACUGGUGACGCCCCCGCAGGACCUCAAUCAGAAGACGAUGGAGAGGAUCCAGGUGAUCGUCCAUGCCAUCGCUCAGGAGCUGCAGGUCACUGGACCUUUCAACUUGCAGCUGAUCGCCAAGGAUGACCAACUGAAAGUGAUCGAGUGCAACGUCAGAGUCUCCCGCUCCUUCCCCUUUAUAUCAAAGACACUGGGCGUGGACCUGGUCGCGUUGGCAACACAGAUCAUUGUGGGGGAAGACGUGGAGCCCUUGGGCCUCAUGAGAGGCAAAGGGAUUGUGGGAGUGAAGGUCCCCCAAUUUUCGUUCUCUCGCCUGGCCGGAGCCGACGUGGUGCUCGGGGUGGAGAUGACCAGCACUGGCGAGGUGGCGUGUUUUGGGGAGAACCGAUACGAGGCUUACCUCAAAGCCAUGCUCUCCACGGGCUUUAAGAUCCCCAAAAAGAACAUCCUGCUGUCCAUCGGCAGUUAUAAGAACAAGAGUGAGCUGCUGCCCACCGUGCAGGCUCUGGAGUCCAUGGGUUACGACCUGUACGCCAGUCUGGGUACUGCAGACUUCUACACAGAACAUGGAGUCAAGGUGAAAGCAGUGGACUGGCCAUUUGAGGAGGAGGUGAGCGAGUGUCCCACCAAAGAGAAGCAGCGCAGCAUCAUGAACUACUUGGAGGAAAACCACUUUGAUCUGGUCAUCAACCUUUCCAUGAGGAACAGUGGAGGUCGCCGGCUCUCCUCCUUCGUCACCAAGGGCUACAGGACAAGACGCAUGGCCAUCGACUACUCCGUCCCGCUCAUCAUCGACAUCAAGUGCACCAAGCUCUUUGUCCAGGCUCUUCAUCAGAUCGGUCGGGCUCCACCAGUGAAAACGCACAUCGACAGCAUGACGUCCCAGACGCUGGUCCGUCUGCCGGGGCUGAUCGACGUGCAUGUUCACCUGCGGGAGCCCGGUGCCACACACAAGGAGGACUUCUCCUCUGGGACGGCAGCUGCUCUGGCAGGAGGCGUGACCAUGGUGUGUGCGAUGCCCAAUACUUCCCCCGCCAUCACCGACGCCGGCACCCUGGCCCUGGCACAGAAGCUGGCCAAAGCGGGCUGCAGGUGUGACUACGCCCUGUAUUUGGGCGCGGCUUCAGACAACGCCGCCGCGCUGCCGUCCAUCGCCAGCCAGGCUGUCGCCCUGAAGAUGUACCUGAACGACACGUUCUCCACCCUCAAGAUGGACAACGUAUCUCUCUGGAUGGAGCACUUUGAGAAGUGGCCCAAGCAGAUGCCCAUUGUUGCUCACGCUGAGAAGCAGACUGUGGCCGCUAUCCUCAUGGUGGCCCAGCUCUACCAGCGGCCCGUCCACAUCUGCCACGUGUCCUCAAAGGAAGAGAUCUUGAUCAUCAGAGCAGCGAAGCAGAAGGGCAUCCAGGUCACAUGUGAGGUGGCCCCUCAUCACCUCUUUCUUUGCGAGGACAACGUGGCGAUGAUCGGAGACGGACGGGCGCAGGUACGGCCCAUGCUGGGAACCCGCGAGGACAUGGAGGCACUCUGGGAGAACCUGGACAUCAUCGACUGCUUCGCCACGGAUCACGCUCCCCACUCUGUUGAGGAGAAGAGCGGCGACCGCCCCCCUCCAGGGUACCCCGGCCUGGAGACGAUGCUGCCGCUGCUGCUGACCGCCGUCAGCGACGGGCGUCUCCUUCUGGAUGACAUCAUCAGGCGUCUUUACGACAAUCCACGCAAGAUCUUCGGCCUCCCUGUGCAGGAAAACACCUACGUGGAGGUGGACUUGGAGCAGGAGUGGGUUAUUCCUCAGGCCAUGCAGUUCACCAAGUCAAAGUGGACACCGUUCCAGGGUAUGAAGGUGAAGGGAAAAGUUCGCCGCGUGGUUCUUCGAGGAGAAGUGGCCUACAUAGACGGCAAGGUGUUGGUGCCUCCGGGUUAUGGCGAAGACGUGAUCGCGUGGCCCACUUCUUUGAUUCAUCGCUUCGAACCUGCCAAAGAAAGUCCGAUGACCCCGGAGCACACGCGUCCUACCCCUCCCCGGGAAGGUCCAGUCCGAACCAGGGCGCCCAGCCCCCGCCGGUUAGGAGAGAUGGUUAUGCUUCUGACGGCCGGCGCUGGCGAUGGUUACAGCCACCCUCCUCCUCUGUCCAGGAUCCUGUCCCCUCAGUCUGGAACAGGACAGCUUGUUGCGGGACCGUUGUCCCACCUGCAGACCUCUCCUCUGCUGCACCCACUGGUGGGCCAGCACAUCCUGUCUGUCAGACAGUUCAGCAAAGAGCAGAUCUCCCACCUGUUUAAUGUUGCCCACACUUUGCGUAUGAUGGUUCAGAAAGAACGAAGCCUGGACCUCCUGAAGGGCAAAGUGAUGGCGUCCAUGUUCUACGAGGUCAGCACUCGCACCAGUAGCUCCUUCGCGGCAGCCAUGCAGCGUCUCGGCGGCUCCGUCGUCCACUUCAGUGAAUCCACGUCGUCGACACAGAAGGGAGAAUCUGUGGCCGACUCAGUCCAGACCAUGAGCUGCUACGCCGACGUCCUGGUGCUCCGACACCCGAUGCCUGGAGCCGUGGAGAGUGCUUCCCGUCAGUGCCGUAAGCCUGUGAUCAACGCCGGAGACGGCGUCGGGGAGCAUCCAACCCAGGCGCUGCUGGACGUCUUCACUAUCCGAGAGGAGCUGGGGACUGUUAACGGCAUGACGAUAACCAUGGUUGGGGAUCUGAAACACGGCCGCACGGUUCAUUCCCUCGCCAAGCUGCUGACCCAGUACCGCAUCACCCUGCGCUACGUGGCUCCAAAGGACCUCCACAUGCCGGCAGAGAUCAUCAGCUACGUGGCCUCAAAGGGCAUCAGACAGGAGGAGUUUGAAAGUAUUGAGGAAGCUCUGCCAGAGACCGACGUCCUCUACAUGACGAGGAUUCAGAAGGAGAGGUUUGCGUCUGAAGAAGAGUACAAUGCUUGUUUUGGCCAGUUCAUCCUCACCCCUCACAUCAUGACUGUGGCCAAAAAGAAGAUGGUGGUGAUGCAUCCGCUGCCCAGAGUCAAUGAAAUCAGCGUGGAAGUGGACACAGACCCAAGGGCGGCGUAUUUCCGUCAAGCAGAGAACGGCAUGUACAUCCGAAUGGCCCUCCUGGCCACCGUACUGGGCAGAUAGAUCCACGUGGCGUCUAUUUGCAGCACAAGUUGUGGACCAUUUUUAAGAGUGUUACGUCCUAGACACGAUUCCAGCCCGUCAGUGGAUUUCUUGUUUCCAGUCCCAGAAGGGGUGUAGUAAUAAAUGCCACAAAAGACUAACUUGAUCGUUAGGUUUCUGAACUCGUAUAAUGCUGCUGCGGACCGGUACUUGUUUUUCAUCGUCUUAGUGGACGUUUUCCAUAAAUCUGCCGCUGAACUAGAAAUACUAGAUGUUGUACUUGGAAUUGGGAGAAUUGAGAAAGGACAUUUAAGUCAUAACCGCCGUGGCGUUGUGUGUUAUUGAUUAAAGGUAUUGGUCGCUGAAUGAAUUUAAAGGGACCCGUUACGAUAUUAAAAUGGAGGAAACGGUGAGGUAUUGCUCUGUUCUGACCAAUAAUGCUGCCAGUUUGCUGGAUUAUCUACUUCAAAGUGUUCCGUUAACUGAACAUUCAUACACACGCACAUUCUCUUGAAACUCUGCCUUUGAUGGUUCAGGAGUGAUUCCUUAUUCUGCUGCAGUUUAGAAGUACUCUUUUAUCAUCUGUGAACAAGUGUUGAUGAAUGACUGUAUUAUGGGGAGAAAUAAAUAAUAAAAACAAUUUCCUCUUUGCA